AUGACACAACAUUGGAAGAUGACAUUUCUAAUCCAUUUGCUUGUCCUGCAUUUAACAUCUAUGGUGUUCGGGGGGGUUUCCUCCCGUUCUUCGUCCUCAUCAUUAACGUCACACUAUGGACGUGCUCAAAAAAUGAAACAUUAUGCCGGUUCCGGUUCAUCGUAUCAUUUCACCAAAGCAUUGGCUUCGUCAUCAGCGGCCGGGUCUUCCUAUUCUUCUGCUUCCGCAUCAUCUCAUCCCACCGAUAUGUCGCAUCAUCAUCAGCAGCAUCGUCAUUAUGGCUCAAGUUCGCGCCAUAUAGCUGCCCGUAAGCAGCAACCUUCAGAUAAUAUGGCAGUCAGUAGCAGUUUAUCAUUUAUGGAGAGUCCCACAUUAUCUGAGGAAUACGAAGAGCAAUUUCCCCAACCCAAUGCGCCAGACAACACGGUCAUUGUCAAUCACCAACAGAUGAGCACCUGCCAAACUGUGUGCGCCUGUAAAUGGAAAGGUGGCAAACAGACGGUGGAGUGCAUCGAUCGUCAAUUGAAACAAAUACCCAGUAACAUUGAUCCGUCCACUCAGGUCCUGGAUAUGUCAGGCAAUCGCCUGCAGACCUUGCUCAACGAACAAUUCGUGCGCAUGAAUCUCCUCAACUUGCAAAAAUUGUAUCUCCGUAAUUGCCGCAUCGAACACAUUGAGCCGCAGACGUUUAAGGGACUCACAAAUCUGGUCGAACUAGACCUGUCUCAAAACCUCCUCUUCAAUGUACCAUCAAUGGCACUGAGUUAUAUUUCCUCGCUGAGAGAUCUGACCAUAGCCUCGAAUCGCAUACAGAAGAUUGAGUCGAACGCAUUUGUGGAUACUCCGGCAUUGCAUAAAUUAGAUUUGUCGCACUGCGACAUACAGACCAUAGCCCCCCAGGCCUUCGAGGGUUUGGAGGGCCUCACCCUGUUGCGUUUAAAUGGAAACAAGUUGAGCGAACUGGUACCGAAGACCAUAGAGACCUUGAGUCGUUUGCAUGGCAUCGAACUGCACGAUAAUCCUUGGAUGUGUGAUUGUCGUUUGCGUGAUGCCAAGCUGUGGCUAAUGCAAAAGAAUAUUCCAUACCCAGUGGCACCUGUGUGUGGAGGAGGCCCGGAGCGCGUGUUGGAUCAAUCCUUUGCCGACCUAAGUAUAGACGACUUUGCCUGUAAACCUGAAAUUUUACCAUCAUCUCAUUAUGUUGAGGCCACAAUGGGUGAGAACGCCUCCAUUCUUUGUCGCGCCAAAGCCAUACCGGCCCCUGUUGUGAACUGGUACUGGAAUGGACGCCUCUUAAGCAAUAACACAGCGUUCAGUUCGCAUCAAAGACUUCACAUUCUGGAACAUGGCGGAUUUGAGAAGACAUCCCGCCUGGUAAUGACCAAUGCCCAAGAAAUAGAUUCGAGUGAAUUUUAUUGUGUGGCUGAAAAUCGUGCCGGUUCUUCAGAGGCCAAUUUCACAUUACACGUUCGUAUGCGAGCAGCUGGAAUGGCAUCACUGGGCAGUGGCCAGAUUGUGGGUCUGAGUGCAGCUCUGGUUAUAUUGAUAAUAUUUGUCCUUAUAUUUGUUAUGUUCUUGAUGAUGCGACUGAAGCGCGAACCCUACAGUGUCUCGAAAACUCCCAAUAAUAUGGAGGUGAUAACUAGCAUCAACCAGCAAAACAUGAUCGGCAACAAAACACAAGCGAAUGGCGUAAAUGGUACCAUGGGCUCGGGCAAUGGAAACAGUGGUGAAGCCAAAAUUAUAACCGACGAAAUGGACCCUAGCGAAAAGGACUCGGCUUCAACACAAAGUGCCAAUCCACUACAGAAGCCACCACGACUGACUGACAUGAGCUAUUCCACAAAUGGCAGUGUUCUGUCUACGGCACCCUGCUUCAUUUCGCCCACCGCGUCGGCCGGCAACAAUCCAGACCUUAUCAACGAUACCAAACGUUUUGAGGGUGAUGAGUUCACCGAUCUGAAAAUUCCUCCAAUUUUGACCAAAGCUCUGAACUCGGAACUAGCAGGCCUCAGCACUAAUGGAGAAUACAAAAGAGCUGGUGGCUGUGAUUCCCUCUAUCCAUCUGGAUUGUGGGAAGACAUAAGCGCGGCUGCAUGCACCACGUCAUCGGCAGAUGAUCUGUUUUUAAGACGAUAUUCGGACAAAACACCCAUUAUGGAUAGUACUCAGUUAUACGAUUUACACGAAAGCGGCAGCAGUGCGGAUAAUUUCAGUAAAACCUUUCCACGCACCUCCUUCAACCAUACGUUCCCCUCGAACGAUGGCAGUUGUCAAAUGAACACUGAAUCCACUGCAUCAACUACAACGACGAACCUCUCAAACUCCGGUUCAGGAAUCAUGGGCGGAAUGGGAGGCUAUCCAAAUGAUUAUGGACUGCCGGUAGUGCCCGGUGCUGAACUGCAGCUGCAGCAUCAUUUACAAAUGAAUCCACUGCAAAAACAAUUGAUGGGCGGAACAUUGGGUCGCCCAGGUGCUAGCAAUCCAUUGUGUCGAGCGACGCUAACCUCAAGUAGUUAUACUGGAACCACGAGCACAAGUAGUCCACCAUUCACCAGCCGGACACUGCCACGUCAGAGACCUCACAACACAAGCCUGGAUGCUGCAAGUUCCCGAACGUCUCCCAUACACAAUAAUAUAACAACAAAUCACAACAAUACAUCGGUCAAUGCCAAAACGAUACGUGUCUGGCAAAAGGGUGGUGUUCCUGUUCUUCCUCCAGUCACAGCAAUAAAACGAGCGCUGAUUAGCACAACAAGUCGAAAUUCGCCGGACGAAGGUUAUCAAGAAGGUUGCGGAACUGAUGUGUAA